AUAUAUCAAUCUUUAUUCUCGCAGUUUAAAGGAGACGAUUGAUACGUGGGAUCUACUUACGUAUCUGCAUGAUUAUUAGUUAUAAAAGUUAUUGAAAACAUUAAAUUUCUUUCAUAGAGAGCAAUCAUUAUAUAAAGCUAACUUCAUUAUUUUAUAUAUAGUCGAGCUUAAGAAAAAAAAAAAUGAAUUCCCUAAACAAACAUUCCCAAAUUUUUUCAUCACUCUCCAACCACUAUUCACCACAUUCAAUGGAGUCACCACUAUACGAGAUAUCCUCAAGCUCUUCUUCUGAAAAACCUAGACACCAUUUUCAAUCCCUUGAUCUCUUCCCUAACCUCAACCAAAACUCUUGUAACAACAAAACCCUAAUUGAGCCUUUACCGCUUAUUGAUCGCAUAAACUUGAACUCAAACCCUAAGCCCUUGUAUGCGGAAGAAGGAGAGCAAGAGGAGGAAGAAGAAGAAGAAGACGGUGAAGUGGACGUGAACUUACACAUCGGCCUUCCUGGUUUUGGUAAAUCAAGCGAUGGUGCUAAAGAGCUGAAGAAGAAAAAUGGGAAGGAGAUCGCCACAUAUGACGCCGGAAAAGACAUUGAGAAUGAAGUUUCCGGCAAGGCAUACUGGAUCCCGGCGCCGGAGCAAAUUCUCAUAGGCUUCACUCAUUUUUCUUGCCAUGUGUGCUUCAAGACAUUCAAUCGUUACAAUAAUCUUCAGAUGCACAUGUGGGGACAUGGUUCACAAUACAGAAAAGGACCAGAGUCACUGAAAGGCACGCAGCCACGAGCCAUGUUAGGGAUCCCUUGUUACUGCUGCGUCGAAGGGUGUAGGAACCACAUUGACCAUCCUCGUUCCAAGCCACUCAAAGACUUUAGAACGCUCCAAACGCACUACAAACGCAAACACGGCCACAAACCCUUCUCUUGUCGCAUUUGCGGUAAGCUUUUGGCUGUCAAGGGCGAUUGGCGAACACAUGAGAAGAACUGUGGGAAACGUUGGGUUUGCGUUUGCGGUUCUGAUUUUAAACACAAACGAUCCCUUAAGGACCAUGUUAAGGCUUUUGGGCCUGGUCAUGGACCUUAUCCGACUGGUUUGUUUGAAGAGCAGGCUUCUAAUUCAUCUGUCUCCGAGACUUUGUUCUUUUAAAUUUGGGCAUCUUUUUUCUCUUUUUUUAUUUUAUUUUAUUUGCUUAUGGACUAUUUAUUUACUUAAGAAUAAUAAUAUGUGGUACCUAAUUGUUUCGAAUUAGGAAUACGAAGUGUACCAUUAUAUGUUUCAAAUCUCUAUAUUAAUUAAUAACAGAAAAGUAUAAAUGAUAAAAUGGCCU